AUGCUUACCCAACAAGGUCUACAUGACAAGCUUUCAGCAACGAUUCCCAACGUAAAAAAUGUCAUUGUUACUGAUACAUCCAACGGCUGUGGACAAUCUUUUGAUGUAAUUGUGGUCAGCGAUACUUUCCUAGGCAAAAAUAAGCUUCAGAGGUGCCGCCUAGUGAAUAAUGCUUUAAAGGAGGAAGUGGCUCAAAUACAUGCCUUUGGAUGUAAAUGCUUCACCGAGGAAGAAUGGUCUAAGUUGGUAGUUUGA